AUGGUGAACAUCACGGAAAAGAUCAAAGAGAUUGAGGAUGAGAUGCGCAGGACGCAGAAGAACAAGGCCACAGAAUACCAUCUUGGUCUUCUCAAAGGAAAACUUGCCCGGUUAAGAGCGCAACUGCUCGAACCCACAGGAGGCUCUGGAGGCGGCGGCGCAGGCUUCGACGUCAGCAAGAGCGGUGAUGCGCGCGUUGCUCUAGUCGGAUUCCCGUCCGUCGGUAAAUCAACCUUCCUGAGCAAGAUCACCAAGACGAAGAGUGAGGCCGCCGCUUACUCAUUCACUACUCUCACUGCUAUCCCCGGUGUGCUGGAGUAUGGCGGCGCCGAGAUCCAGAUUCUUGAUCUCCCUGGUAUCAUCGAGGGUGCCUCUGAGGGUAAGGGGCGAGGGAGACAGGUUAUUUCUGCUGCCAAGACAAGUGAUCUGAUAUUGAUGGUCCUGGACGCCACUAAGAAGGCAGAACAGCGGGCCCUCCUCGAGGCGGAAUUGGAUGCUGUUGGUAUUCGGCUUAACAAGGAGCCCCCAAACAUCUACCUUAAAGCAAAGAAAGCAGGCGGCAUGAAAAUCACCUUCCAGACGCCACCCAAAUACCUCGACGAGAAGAUGAUCUACAACGUCCUCCGAGACUACAAGAUGCUCAACUGCGAGGUCCUAGUCCGUGACGAAUAUGCUACAAUUGACGACUUCAUCGACGUGAUCAUGAAGGACCACAGAAAAUACAUCCCCUGUCUCUACGUCUACAACAAAGUCGACAGCGUGAGCAUCGAAUUCCUCGACCAACUCGCGCGCGAACCCCACACAGCUGUCAUGAGCUGCGAGCUCGAUCUCGCCGUGCAAGACGUCGUAGACCGCAUCUGGAAAGAACUGCGCUUGAUGCGUGUAUACACAAAACGAAAGGGCAUCGAGCCUGACUUUAGCGAGGCGCUGAUUGUUCGAAGAGAUUCGACGAUUGAGGAUGUCUGUGACCAGAUUCAUCGGACACUGAAGGAAACGUUUAAAUAUGCGUUGGUUUGGGGUGCAAGUGCUAGACAUGUUCCACAGCGGGUGGGGUUGAGUCAUGUUGUGGCUGAUGAGGAUGUGGUUUCGAUUGUUGCCAAGUAG